CCAUUUUAUUGAAAGCAUCCCCAAAAAGAUAACCCACUUCAAGAACGUCCAGUUCAUGAAAUAUUCGUACCAGGAGUGUUAAGUUGCGGUCACAUCGGACCGGGGUCAAAAUUGUCAAAAUAAAAAAAAUUGAGAUUUCUUGGAGAUUAACGGAUUUUUAAACCAUUUCCUUAACGGACCUUUAAUCCGGUCCGUACGUAAAGUUCCAUUGUUUUUACUUGCCCUAACCGGCUCUGUUAUUCGGGAGAGAGAGGGAUUCUAAAUGGGAAAAGCAGGUCUAGGUCGAGCUCGAGCUCGAGCUCGAGCUCAGGAGCGGAGGCAAUCGAGGCUCAAUGAGGUCGCUCGCCUUAGACAAGUGCCCUAUACUCAACAACAAAGAUGGUGGUGCUCAGAAACAACAGCUGUUGUGACUGGAAGUAACAGAGGAAUUGGAUUUGAGAUUGUUCGACAACUUUCAAAGCAUGGCCUCAGAGUUAUUUUAACAUCAAGGGAUGUUAGUAAAGGUCAGGAAGCCAUGACCUCUUUGCAGAGGGAAGGUUUUAAUGUGGAUUUUCAUCAACUGGACAUUUCUGACCAUGACUCCAUCACACGAUUUUCUGAGUGGAUUGUUCAAAAAUAUGACGGACUUGAUGUUCUGAUCAACAAUGCCGGUGUUAAUUUUAAUCUUGGGUCAGAUAAUUCCAUGGAAUUUGCUGAGGAGGUUAUUAGAACAAACUAUCUGGGCACCAAACUGAUGAUUGAAGCCAUGGUACCACGAAUGAAGCCUUCCCCUUUUGGUGCUCGUAUAGUGAAUGUUAGCUCAAGACUUGGGAGGCUCAAUGGCAGGCGAAAUAGACUAGGAGAUGCAGCCCUGAGGCAACAACUUUCAGAUGAUGCUACACUUUCUGAAGAACUAAUCAAUUGCACUGUUUCAAAAUUCCUUGAACAAGUUAAGCAGGGCUCUUGGGUCUCUGGUGGGUGGCCCCAAAAUUUCACUGACUACUCAGUCUCGAAAUUGGCUGUGAAUGCGUACACUCGCCUCUUGGCAAAGAGGCUGUUGACUCGGUCUGAUGUCCAAAAAGUAUACAUCAAUUGCUAUUGUCCAGGCUGGGUUAAGACUGCCAUGACUGGGUGGCAAGGCAAUAAUACCUUAGAAGAAGGUGCCGAUACAGGGGUGUGGCUUGCUCUUAUGUCUUGUCCACUACCCUCUGGAAAAUUCUUCGCCGAGCGUCGUGAAAUCAGUUUUUAAUUUAAGGUGGUGAAGUCUUAAACAGUGAGAAAAAUUAAGGGAAAGUAUCAAAUCAGUGUCACAAAACACGUCUGCAUGAAUCUUGCAGCUGCUACCCAACCUUGACAGUUUUGAAGUGUGAAAGUGACUAACAUAUCCUUACCUAGGUCUUGAGCAUCCGACCUAGGGUGGCAGGUAAGUAGUCACUUUUUAAGGAAUGAACGGCCAAGGCAGAAGAUCAAACAUUCAAGUUUUCAGAGAACCUCCAUGAUAUUUGCUGGUAUUUGGGCAUGGCUUUGGUUUUCGUCCUAAAUUUACUGUGGUAUAUGGGUUUGAUGACAUGGAAAAGAGCACUUGGCGAUUCGGCCCCAAAUUCAUAAUUUGGAAGAAAGUUUGGACAUUUCGAACUGUUGUUCAAACUGUUCAUAUUGGUUUACUGGAACCGUCCUGCCUCAUGUUGGGUAUUCUUGAGUGUUUAUUGCAACGAUGUUAGAUGUAGGCUAUCAAGUAUUCAAUUAUUUACAAUAUUAGUUCCCAUUCUGUAUGAAUUAUGAAGGAGAUGGAAGAUUAUUCUCUUCGUUUA